AGCUGCCCACUGUGCUGGCAUUAUAUCAAGUACCUGCAAGCCAUUGCAGUUCACAGUAUAUUUAUCAAUAGACUAAUGCAUUUUCCGCUCAUCAUUUGUCUGUAAUAGAGGAGUAAUUUUGUUUGGCUGACGCCACCAACAGUAGACGAAAUGUGCAUGUCGUGGAAGAUGUUAUCCGUCAGAUAGAGCAUGCGCAGCUGCUGGGUUCUGGGAGUGUCUGAGCGGCGCAAUAUUGUAGCAGGCAUGAGAUCAGCACUCGCUACUGUGAAGCCAUGGGCGUUCAAACUGGACAAUGACUUGGACUGACAAGAAGAAUAUGAUGUCAAAAGGACAAGACUGAAAUGCGCCACCGGCUAAGCAGAGUGUCGAAGAAAUGUCCAAUCGAAUCUUUCCCGGCGUUUUGGAUAUAGACGGAAUCCCCGCUCUGGGAUAACGGUGCCGGGUAUUAGUGAUUUAUAAUAAGGUUCCAGGACUGGGGUCCGUUGUGUGGCGGGAUGCUGAGGACCACAGUGGGGUGUGUGGGGGUGGAGGAGAGAGAUGAGGAGCAGGAGGAUGAAGGUGAAGAGGACUUGCGGGAUGGAGGUGUGCCCUUCUUUGUGAACAGGGGAGGCCUACCGGUGGAUGAGGAGACUUGGGAGCAGAUGUGGAGGCAUGUGGCCCGGAUUCACCCUAAUGGUGAGGCCAUAGGGAAACGCAUCCGGGGAGCCAGUGAUCUGCCCAAGAUUCCAACACUGAGUGUGCCUACAUACCAGCCAACCACCAGUAUCCCACAGCGCCUAGAAGCCAUACAGAAAUAUAUCAGGGAUUUGCAGUACAAUCACACAGGAACACAGUUUUUUGAAAUCAAGAAGAGCAGGCCUCUUACUGCGUUGAUGGACAUCGCCAAGGAGAUGAUCCGGGAGUCACUACCAAUCAAGUGUCUGGAGGCAGUGAUCCUUGGAAUUUACCUCAGCAACAGCAUGCCGGGUGUGGAGCGCUUCCCCCUCAGCUUUAAGACGCAGUUCUCAGGGAACCACUUUUGCCACAUCGUGCUGGGGAUGCACAGCGGUGGCCGCUUCGGAGCACUGGGCAUCAGCCGGCGGGAGGACCUCAUGUUCAAACCCCUGGAGUUCCGCACGCUGGCUGACCUGGUGCAGGAGUUUGAGGGGGCCUACAGGGGCUACUGGCACACCUUGAGGAAGGUGAAGAUUGGUCAGUAUGUGUCCCAUGACCCCCACAGUGUGGAACAGAUAGACUGGAAACACUCCAUAAUAGACGUGGACAAACUGACCAAGGAGGAGCUGCGGAGAGAGCUGGAGAGACACACCCGGGACAUGAGGCUGAAGAUUGGAAAGGCUGCGCCCCCUUCACCCGCCAAAGACAGGAAGAGUAGCAUGGGCUCGCCCCUUCGUAACCCAGGCAGCCCCAUGCGCAGGAACAGCCGCAUCGAGAGACGUCCAUCUGGAGAGAAGAAAGUUCUUGAUCCGAAGCCGCCACCAGACAUGAAUGGAUAUCAGAUUCGAGUGUGAGGAGGAUUUCACUUCAUAAAAUCAUCCUGCAAAACAAGAUCUUAGAAUGGUGGGGUUCUGUCUGACAAAAGGUUUGUUCUGGGGAAUGGGGCUUUUGUGUUCAGUUUUCCAAAUAGGUUUGUACCGUGUAAGCAAUUUAUUUUGGGUAUUUUGCAUUCAACAAACGUGAGGUAUACUGUACAGAGCAUGGCCAUGUCAAUAACUGAUUAUUGACUAAAUGUACAGUACUAGUCAAAAGUUUGGACACCUACUCAUUCUAGGGGUUUUCUUUAUUUUUAUUAUUUUCUACAUUGUAGAAUAAUAGUGAAGACAUCAAAACUAUGAAAUAACACAUAUGGAAUA